AUGUUCACUCAAUAUCGUCAUCAUAUUGCAUUAUAUAAAACAUCUCUUGCUCAAAGUGAUUAUUUAUGUGUAAAUCUUCUGCCGAAAAUUGGUUGUGAAGUUCGUUCAUUACUCAUUGAUUGUUGUUUUUCUGUGUUACAACAUGAUUUAUUCAUCAAAUAUUUUGGGAAGAAAAUGCCAACAAUAUUUCCUAAUCUAGAAAGAAUCGGUCUUGUUUCCUAUCAAUACAAUCAAUUAAUGGUCUUUCUUGAUAGUCUACAUGAUUUAAAUCAUUUGACUGAGAUUCGUCUAUAUGGUCUCUUUUCAAUUCGCUCAGUCGAUCAACCAACAGCUGUUCGAUCAUUGUUUCGAGCAAAUAAUAAUCAACUCACAACAAUACUAAUCGACGAUCAAUCAAGGUCUUUACAUUUCCGUAGCAUUGAUUGUUAUUUAAAUAUCCUUCGAUUGCGUAUCAAUUUGAAAACAACUGCAGAUUUACCAUAUCUUUUUCAUGCCGUUCCCAAUGUUCAAUAUCUAGAUGUAAUAAUUGAUGAACACGGUUCAUCAUGGACAUAUUUCGAUGAACUAAAAUUGUCACCUCUUCUCCAUCUUACUCAUUUUCAACUUACAUCCACUAAGCAGUUAUGGAUGCUCGAAGAAUUACUUGAACUAUUUGUUCAACUACCAAUAGUACAACAUCUAUCACUUUUUCUUUUUACGGAUGAUAGACGUCUUAUCGAAGGUGACACAAUACUUUCUUCACUUUCUUCUACUGUUCAACAGUUUGACUAUGCCAUUAAUUUUUCUCAUAAGAUGUCUUCUGAUUUAGUUGAAGAACGAAGUCAAAUGUUGCAGAUUCCUAAAUUAUCUUGGUUGCUUCAAGUCUUCUUGUAUGGAUCAAUACCUUCUGGUCUAAACCAUUUUGCAGUUAUUCUUAAUGCUGCACCUAACCUCUUCCGCUUGGGUUUAUCUUUUGAGUGUUUAUGGCAUCUGAUCGGAAAUCCACAAAUAUGUCUUCUUCUUGGUCAACGGAUUACUUCACUUGCCAUUUACAAUAAUGCGACGGAUCCAUCAUCAGUAACUCUUAAUGAAGAGCAUAUACCUAUCAUUGCUUCUACAUUCUUUCGAGUUUGUUAUUUAUAUGCCAAUUUAACACAUUUACCAAAGAGCACAACUAUACUCUCAAACGACGAUAUUUUUGAAAAUUUCACAACACAAAACUUAUCCGCUCAGUCAUGUGAACAAGAGUAUCAAGUCAUAUCACCAUGUUCAAGUGAAUCAAUGGUAGUAUGUUUGUUGGCACAAUUCAAAGAACAUAGACUUGUUGGUGUAGGUAUCGAUGGAGAAUUCUCGGAAUAUUUACAAAAGAAAGCAAAACAAUGGUUACAAGAUAAUACUGUUCUUUGUGGACAAGAAUUUGAAGCUGUGUUUAACGAUGAGUUAGAUCGAUUACUCAUUUGGAUGUAG